UUGGCACGUCAAGUGUAUACUAGAAUAAAUUCAUCUAUUGACUUAGUGGCUGCUGAAGGACGUUACCAUAAAUUAUGCCAUGACAAUUUUUUUAAACCACUAAAAGUUACUCCACCUGGAAGACCAUCUGAUAAGCUAUGUGAUAAAGCAUUUUCCUCGCUAUGUAGUUAUAUAAACGACAAUCUCGAAAUGUGUCAAUUUUCCUUAAAUGAUUUGCACGAAAAAAUGGAAAGCUAUCUACCUACCGAAAACAAAGAUUGCAUGUGGAGCAAAACCUAUUUAAAAGGCAUGUUAAUUGCCUGCUAUCAAGAUAGAAUAAAUACAGCACAAGUAGGAACAAACUUAAUACUGACAUUUAAAGAAUAUGCCGAAAAAAUAUUGAGUGAUCAGUGGUACAAUUCUAGAAACAAAGAUGAGGAAUCAGAAUGUGUUAGGAUUAUAACUGCUGCAGCAAACAUAUUACGAGAGAAUAUAAGAAGACAAGUUUAUGAAAUAAAUACAUAUCCAACAAAUUCGGAAUUUCAAAACGGAGGCCAAGAUUGUAUUCCUGACAAUUUAAAAAUAUUUUUACGUACUCUCUUUAAUCAGACAUCAUCCGAUAAAGAAAAUUUGACAACCGAACGAAAAAUGGUAAGCCUAUCCAAUGCCAUAAUCGCUAUUAUACGCCCAAAGUCUUAUAUAUCUCCGGUGCUCUUGGGUUUGGGUAUUCAUCUUCACCGAAAAUUUGGAUCUAAAGAUUUACUCUCCAUUUUACAUGCUUUGGGUUUUGUUAGUCACUAUAAAUCUGUAAUGUUGUAUGAAAACACAGCAGCAGAAUUAUCCGUAAAUGUUAGCAGUCCAUCAUUUAUACAAUUUGCAUUUGAUAAUGCAGAUUUUAACAUUCGAACACUGGAUGGAUUUGGAACUUUCCAUGCAAUGGGCGGAGUUAUGGUUGUUACACCUGAAAAAGCUAUGACGAUAGAUCCUUUACACAAAACGCCUCAAAAUCAGUUGCAAGUAGGACAGUUUGGAACAGCACCAAUCGUAGCUUACCAUAAGCCGCCAAUCCUUGGUUUAAGCAAAAUUACAGUUGAAAAACUCUGUGUGUUAAAACCUGAAAGUCUCCGGGUUUCCAGUCUGUUAAAUUGUCUUUGGGCAUAUGGUCAAAUGAAUAACUUUCAACCAAAUUCUUCCUGGCAAGGAUAUAUGUCUGCAAAAAUCCAAAGUAAGGGUUCACAGGAGGUUAGUAAAGUAGUACCGUUGCCUUUUGUAAAUUUAGACCCAAGUAACCCUACUGCUAUUUACUCGUCAUUGGUGUUUGCACUCAAGUUAUGCAAAAAAUUUAAUAUGAAGACCUGCAUUGCAACGUUUGAUCAACCAUUGUUUGUUAAAGCUACAGAAAUUGUGUUGGCAUCAAACCCUACAGACGAUUUAUCCCAAGUAGUUGUGCGAUUAGGAACAUUCCAUCUUAUAAUGUCAUUUAUGGGAGCAAUAGGGUUUACAAUGUCAGGAUCAGGGCUCGAAGAAUUGUGGGCUACAGUUUACGCUGGGAAUAGUAUUCCGCAUCUAAUUAAUGGUCAUGCUUAUUCGAGGGCAUUGCGUGCUCAUCUGCUUACCCAAUCUGCAUUAACACAACUGCUAUUUUUAAAAAAUACAGGUAGUCCUGAAUAUUGCAAAAAUGAUUUGGAAGAACUGUAUAACCCUGAUACUCAAAUAGAAAAUGUCAACGACCAUUUACUUUUGAACAGACUACUGAGUAAUUUUGAAGAAAUAUUUAAAACAACAGAAGCUUCCCAUCGGACUGCAAAACUAUGGUGUCAAUAUUGGAAUCAGGUAGAGAUUUUAAAAAUGACAAUCAAAGCAGAUAGAACUGCCGAUUGGGAUUUACACUUAUAUUGUGCCAGUUCCAUGCUACCAUAUUUCCAUGCGGCAGGACAUUUGCCAUAUGCAAAAAGUUGUCAUCUUUAUGUUCAAAAUAUGUUAGCUUGUAAACAUAGUAUGCAUCCGGAAGAUUACAGAAGAUUGACCAAAGAAGAUUGUAAUGUAGUUCGUAGAAACGAUAAGUAUUGGUCUGGGACACCGUUAGAUAUGAUAAUUGAGCAAGAGCUUAUGCGACGUAUGAAAACCUCUGGAGGCUUGACUCACGGAAGAGGAAUUACAGACAGCACAUUAUCUCGCUGGAUAAGUGGAAUGCCCCAAUGUCUUCAAGUAAGUGAAGCCUUAGAAAAUUUCUCAGGAGUAAUUACACUCACAUCCGAGCAACAUGUGGAGUUACGGUCCUCACGAAUAGAACGAGAUCAACAAGAUUUACGCAAACUAUUUGAUUGGUUAGAGAUACGAAAUCCGUUUAAUCCUGAUAUAAAAGAGUUAAUGUCAAUUAGUUCUGGUGUUGUGGCCAACAGUGACGUCAACUGCGACAAAGCUGCAGAAAUCGGCGAAAAAGUGAUAAGCAGAAUUAUUGGUACCAACUACAAUGUCUUACGGCUUAAACGUAACGACAAAGUGAGAUCGCUUUUAUCAGGAAUUUCAUCAGUAAAAAUUAAUGGUGAACAAAAAACUGUAGAUCCUGCACUUCUUUUUAGUAGAAUACUUUGCUCUGCAUCGUCUCCUGAAGAGAUAAAACAGUGUUUUAAGUAUGAAUUGGCUGCAUGGUCUCCUAGUUUGUUUGACAACGGAUUAUUACGAAAAACCAGCAAAUCAACGUUAUACAAAUUAUUUGAUAAGCUGCACCCGCCAUUACUUCAAAAUCCGAAUUCCAUAACACAUUAUGUAAUAGAUGGAGGGCACUUGCUACACAAAGUUGUUUGGCAAAACCCAGCAAUAUUUUCAGAUGUAUUUUCUCAAUACUACAAUUAUAUAAAAUAUCAUUAUGGUCAAAGUGUCACUGUUGUUUUCGACGGCUAUGAAGAAAUGCAAACCAAAAUUGUAGAGCAAAAUCGCAGGUCUUCGGGUAAAAAAAUGGUACCAAUUGUAUCUUUUUCCAAUCUAUCUGCAGUGAAGAUACCAAAAGCAGAUUUUUUGUCAAACAGCACUAACAAAAGCAACUUCAUACGGGCUCUCGGAAAAAUGUUGGUCGAAAAUGGAAUCAAUGUUAAAUUCGCUGAUGGUGAUGCUGAUACUCUUAUUGUAACUACUGCAGUCGCAAUAAGUGACAAUUUUCCUGAAGGUGCGGUAGCAGUAGUUAGCGACGAUACAGAUAUUAUGGUGUUAUUAAUCCAUUACUGUCAGAAGAGGCUGUUUAUGAUUCGUCCGGGAAAAUUAUCUAAACCAAAUAAAGUAACCAAUAUAUCGGCCUUACAACAAAGAUUGGGAGACCUAAAGGAUGUGAUUCUUAGUGUCCACGCUAUGACUGGUUGUGACACAACCUCUGCUGUGUUUAAUAAAGGCAAAAUUAAUUUAGUAAACACCGUUCAAAGGAAAAGGUUAUGUAACAUCUUAAAAGAAUUUUAUAAUCCUCAUGCUACAAAGGAGAAGUUAGAAGAAAUUACAACUCAAUUCUUUAUAGCAGCAUAUGUCAAAAGUGUACCACAAACACCAGAUUUGGAUAGUGUUAGAUACACACUUUAUCAACAGUAUGUAGCCAAACGAAGCCUUAAUACCAAUUUUAACUUGGCAUCAUUACCACCUACCUCAAACAGUGCAAAGUAUCACGGAUUUAGAGUUUUCCAUCAGGUACAGGCUUGGUUAAAUAACAAUUUACCACCGCAGGAUUGGGGGUGGAUCCUAAAAAAUGGAAAUCUGCACCCAAUUCAUUCAGACCAAGCCAUGGCACCUACAUGGGUUUUGCAAAAAAUUUUUUGCAAUUGCUCAUCAGGGGGCUGUAAAAAAGCAUGUAGAUGUAAGCGAAUGGGUCUUAGCUGCUCUAUGGCAUGUGGGCAAUGCAAUGGCAUUACUUGUAUGAACCCAACAUAUGUGGACGCAGAUGAAGACUCUUUUUAAGAUAAGUUCCCUAUUUUUGUUCUUUAAAUAUUAAACGUUCUAGCAUAUGUUGUGUAAUAAUUAUGUCUCCCACCCCCCACAAAUUACUCCCGAACCCGCAAUACCACUUCAUUGUAUUCUACAAGUUUUAUUUUUUGUCACUUUUUUCUAAAAUUCUUACUUGUAGGGUUAUUAAGAAUAAUGCAAAUAAAAUGUAAAUUUUACCUCACUUAAGGGGUGGUUUUAGGGUGAUGGACUCAACGCCUCAACGCUGGUGUUUCAGUGGGUAUUUAGUACCUUAAAACAAAGUACUAUGCGAAAUUUCAGCUUGAUAUUUCUAUUUUUUAGGAUUCAACUCCAGUAAGUACUCGUAAUUAAAUAAGUAGGUACCUUGUUCAACGAAUUGCUACAAAUUUUAUCUGCGCCACUAAACAUCUAAAAAAAUUGAUGUAGUUAUACCUAUUUCGUAGGAAAUUUUCUUCUCUACAAUUUUUCUCUCUUUACAUUUUUCCUUAAAAUGCUUAGUUUUAGAGUUAUUAGGACAAAUUUCGAAAAAGGUAGAUUUUACGCCACUUAAGGGGUGGUUUUGGGGUGACGGGCUCAACGUCUCGGCGCUGGGGUUUCAGAGGGUAUUUAGUACCUUAAAACAAACUACCUUGCCAAAUUUCAGC